AUGUCUCCAGUGACGCACACUGCCUUUAUCUUCAGUGCCACUGGCAGUCAAGGGGGCGCUUUGUGCCAGCAGCUCCUCGAUCUCGACUGGAAUAUCCAUGCAACAACGCGCAACCUCGCGUCACCUGAAGCACGCACAUUGAGAAAUCGUGGUGUACAAUUUACACAAAGCGAUUGGGACAAUAUGGAUGCACUCCGCAAUUCCAUGAGCGGCUGCGAGAAACUCUUCUUGUGUCUGCAUCCCACAGUCGACGAUUUAGAUCAUGAGCGUCGACAAGCCGAGGAAAUCAUCAAAGUCGCGAAGGAGGCAGGUGUCAAGCAAGUCGUUGCAUCCACGAGUCUUGGAGUGAGUAUGCUGGGCACUGGGAUACAUAUUACGCCCAACUCCUUCAUGGCUAAGCACCUCGCGGGAAAGAAGAGAGUGGAGCAGGCUGUUAUUGAUGGGAAAUUUGAAUAUUGGACGUUUCUCCACCCGGCCUUCUUCAUGGCGAAUUUUCUGGAGCCGAAAGUACAUAGAUAUCCCGAGUUACGAGAUAAGGGUACUUGGACAACAGCAAUGACUGCCGAGGGAAAUUUUGCAUUAGUUGAUCACGUCGAUAUUGCUAAGGUUGCUACUGCAGCAUUUCAAGCCCAGAAAAGUUUCACGGAUGCGCAAUUGGGAUGGCUAGUGAAUUGUUGA